AUGGAGUCUGAGCAGCUGUUUCAUAGAGGCUACUGUAGAAACAGCUACAACAGUAUAACCAGUGUGAGUAGUGAUGAGGAGCUUUUAGACGGGGCAGGUGUUAUUAUGGACUUCCAGACUUCUGAAGAUGACAAUUUGUUAGAUGGUGACACAGCAGUGGGGACUCACUACACAAUGACCAACGGGGGCAGCAUCAGCAGCUCCACGCACUUGCUGGACCUUCUGGACGAGCCCAUCCCCGGGGUUGGCACCUAUGAUGACUUCCACACCAUCGACUGGGUGCGAGAGAAGUGUAAAGACAGAGAAAGGCACCGACGGAUCAACAGCAAAAAGAAAGAAUCAGCAUGGGAAAUGACGAAAAGCUUGUAUGAUGCGUGGUCAGGGUGGCUCGUGGUGACACUGACAGGAUUGGCAUCAGGGGCACUGGCUGGGUUAAUAGACAUUGCGGCCGACUGGAUGACGGACCUGAAGGAGGGUAUCUGCCUGAGUGCGCUCUGGUACAACCACGAGCAGUGCUGCUGGGGGUCCAACGAAACCACGUUCGAAGAGAGGGACAAGUGUCCGCAGUGGAAAACGUGGGCAGAGUUGAUCAUAGGCCAGGCCGAGGGUCCUGGCUCCUACAUCAUGAACUACAUGAUGUACAUCUUCUGGGCCUUGAGUUUCGCCUUCCUGGCUGUCUCCCUGGUGAAGGUGUUUGCGCCAUACGCCUGUGGCUCUGGGAUCCCAGAGAUUAAAACUAUUUUGAGUGGAUUCAUCAUCCGAGGCUACUUGGGAAAAUGGACUUUAAUGAUUAAAACCAUCACAUUGGUACUGGCUGUGGCAUCAGGCUUGAGUUUAGGAAAAGAAGGGCCCUUGGUCCAUGUUGCCUGUUGCUGUGGAAACAUCUUUUCCUACCUCUUUCCGAAGUACAGCACAAAUGAAGCGAAAAAAAGAGAGGUGCUGUCGGCUGCCUCCGCUGCAGGCGUCUCUGUGGCUUUUGGUGCGCCGAUCGGAGGAGUGCUGUUCAGUCUGGAAGAGGUCAGCUACUACUUUCCGCUAAAGACUCUGUGGAGGUCCUUCUUUGCUGCCUUGGUGGCUGCCUUCGUUCUGAGAUCCAUCAAUCCAUUCGGUAACAGCCGCCUGGUCCUCUUCUACGUGGAGUAUCACACUCCAUGGUACCUGUUUGAACUGUUUCCCUUUAUCCUCCUGGGGGUGUUCGGCGGGCUCUGGGGAGCCUUCUUUAUCAGGGCAAACAUUGCCUGGUGUCGCCGCCGCAAGUCCACCAAGUUCGGGAAGUACCCGGUCCUCGAGGUCAUCGUGGUGGCAGCCAUCACCGCGGUGGUUGCCUUCCCCAACCCGUACACACGGCUCAACACCAGCGAGCUGAUCAAAGAGCUGUUCACGGACUGUGGGCCGCUGGAGUCGUCCUCCCUGUGUGACUACAGGAACGACAUGAAUGCCAGCAAGAUCGUUGACGACAUCCCUGACCGCCCUGCGGGCCUGGGGGUGUAUUCCGCCAUAUGGCAACUGUGCCUGGCUCUCAUAUUUAAGAUCAUAAUGACUGUGUUCACUUUUGGUAUCAAGGUCCCGUCCGGCCUGUUCAUCCCCAGCAUGGCCAUUGGCGCCAUCGCCGGCCGCAUCGUGGGCAUCGCGGUGGAGCAGCUGGCCUACUAUCACCACGACUGGUUCAUCUUUAAGGAGUGGUGUGAGGUCGGCGCUGACUGCAUCACCCCCGGCCUGUAUGCCAUGGUCGGCGCGGCCGCCUGCCUAGGUGGUGUGACGAGGAUGACCGUGUCCUUGGUGGUUAUCGUCUUUGAGCUCACGGGAGGCCUGGAGUACAUCGUGCCCCUCAUGGCUGCUGUGAUGACCAGCAAAUGGGUGGGCGAUGCCUUCGGGAGGGAAGGCAUCUAUGAAGCCCACAUCCGGCUGAACGGGUACCCCUUCCUGGAUGCCAAAGAAGAGUUCACCCACACCACCCUGGCUGCCGAUGUCAUGAGGCCUCGGAGGAGUGACCCCCCGCUGGCCGUGCUGACCCAGGACAACAUGACGGUGGAUGACAUAGAGAACAUGAUCAACGAGACCAGCUACAAUGGUUUUCCCGUCAUCAUGUCCAGGGAGUCGCAGAGACUCGUGGGCUUUGCCCUCAGAAGAGACCUGACCAUUGCCAUAGAAAGCGCCCGGAAGAAGCAGGAGGGGAUCGUGGGCAGCUCGCGUGUCUGCUUCGCGCAGCACACCCCGUCCCUGCCGGCCGAGAGCCCCCGGCCACUGAAGCUCCGCAGCAUCCUGGAUAUGAGCCCGUUCACGGUGACGGACCACACGCCCAUGGAGAUCGUGGUGGACAUCUUCCGGAAGCUGGGCCUGCGGCAGUGCCUCGUCACACACAACGGGAGCCUCUUGGGGAUCAUCACCAAGAAGAACAUGGUAGCACACCUGGAGGAGCUGACGCGGCGCGCCGAGCCCCUGACGCCUCCUUGGUAUCAUCACAAAAAAAGACAUCCUCCGUCAUAUGGCCCAGACGGCAAACCAAGACCCCGCCUCCAUCAUGUUCAACUGAGCCCCGCGGCGGAGGAGGGGGAGGACGCCGGGGAGGAGGCCUGCCUGCUCAGCAGCAGCUCACUCUGA